GCCAUUUUGUGUUUUUGUCCGCCUUUUCUCGGUGUGAUAAUUAAAUACAUGAUUAUAAGCCGUAUGUGAUGAUUUAUUCUAUGUAUUAGUGUUUUUGUGUUUGAAUAUGAUUUUAAUCUUAUAUUUACGCGUUUGAAAUUAAAAUUGUAGAACAAUAUAGGUAAUCAUCUACAGCUGCAAAGAUGAGUGUCAUCAUUAGACUACAGAAUCUUCCUUGGUCAGCCAAUGCUCUGGACAUUAGGAACUUCUUUCGGGGCCUUUCCAUUCCCGAGGGAGGUGUGCACAUCGUAGGAGGCGAGCUUGGAGAUGCUUUCAUUGCGUUCAGCACGGACGAGGACGCGCGCCAGGCCAUGAUGCUGGACGGCGGCAAAAUCAAAGAGAUUCAGGUGAAACUUCUGCUCAGCUCGCGCUCCGAAAUGCACAAGGUCAUAGAGACGGCACGCCAAAGCGUGCCCAUUCUGACGCUCACUGCGCCCGCGCCCUCGCCCGCCUCCGUGCCUACGCCAACGCCCGUCCUCGCCCCGCCCGCACCCACACCCACAUCUACACCCGCUGCCGCCCCCACUCCUCCCGUCAUCACGCCUUUCUCCGCCGCACUCGGCACCGUGCCGAUCGCCGGCUUCGGCAUUCCCGGCAUAGGCAACCCUCACGAGAUACCCCAGCCUGCCGUCAUCGAACCCCCCGCGCCCCUGGUCAGUCCCUCGGCCACCACAUCUAAUAAUGAAGACGACAACAACGUGGAAGAUAGAAACGAUAGAAAAACUACAAAAGAAAAACGCCGCUCGAGAACUCGUUCCCGAUCGCGCGACAGGGACCGGAAGGACCGGAAAAGGGACAGACGCGAGCGCUCGAGGUCUCGCGACCGCCGGCGCCGCGAUCGUAGCCGGAGCAGAGAGCGACGCGACCGCAAGCGCGACCGCAAAGAUCGAAGCAGGUCGCGUGACCGCUCGCCAGGCAAGCGCGGCCGCGAUCGCCGCAGAUCCCCGCGCGAGUCGCAGGAGAAGUCGCUCGAGCUGAGCGAUCCCGGUUCCAUGGCCGCCGUGUACGGAGUCGGCGGCGUGCAACAGCCGCCGCUCAUCAUGCAGCACGGCGCCGCGCCGCUCAGCGGACCCGUGCCCAAUAUGAACUCUGCACAGCACCGCUUCACCGAUCCCUCGAUGGAGGAAGCCUUUACUAAAUUGCAGGAGUUGGGAAAAAAAAGAAACCCGAACGCAUUCCAGGGUGAGCAGGCGAACGGCGGACCGCGGUACCCGGCGGCGCGGGGCGGUCCCGGGGCCGCCGCGGCGGGAGCCCGGGGUGGUGGCGGUUUCAGGCGCGAGGGCCGAGUGUCGCGCUUCGAGGAGCAGCAGCAGGGCUGCUGCGUCGCCAUCAGGAGCGCUCCCAACCACACGAGCUAUGGUGACGUACGUCGCUUUUUCCCCUAUCUCAUCGACAAGCACGGCAUCAAGAUGAUCAACGACAACACGGGUCGGCGCACCGGCAACAUCUACGUCAAGUUUUGUGACCCGCGCUCUAAGCAGCUCGCGCUGCAGCGCCGCACCAAUGAGCUGAAGGGCGCCAUCGUUGACGUCGAGGACCUCGACGACGGCACCUACGAAAGCGCCGUCGACUCGUUCCUGCCCUACCGCGACGAGAACGAUGACGAAGAUGUGUCGCUGGUGAUCUCCGACCGACGCCCCGCCUCGCCCCAGCGCGCGUCCUACAGCGUGCUCCGGCUGGCCGACUUGCCGCACUUCGUCAAAGAGCACGACAUUAUGAAGGCUUUCAGCGACUUCUCGCUGCUCUCUAUCACGCUCAACGACUGCCGAAUGUCUCGCUCUAAAAUAGCUUACGUUCAAUUCGUGAAGCCGGAGGACGCGAGACUCGCCUACGAGAGGAAGGACAUGUACAUGUUCGGGAGACGGCAGCCCGUAAUCACGACGGUGUCCGACGAGGAAUACGAGAAGGUGAAACCGGAGCAAGGGGACAAGGCGCCGGAGGUCGCCGAGCCGCCGGAGGAGGCGAGCGCUCCGCGCGACCCGCGCCAGCGUCGUCAGCCCGUCGACAGCCCGCGACCUCACGGCGCCCCACUGCUACAAGCGCAGCCGCCGGUGCAAUUUUUCCCGAACGCGCCGUUCGUUCCGCAGCAAAACUUCGGCGCUCCCUUCCCCGGCGCGGCGCAAUUCGGCGGCUUCCCUAACGCGGUUGCGAUGGACCCGCGCGCCGCCGCAGCCGGCUGGGCCAACAGGCCCGGGUUCCCCAACUCAAACGACCAGAUCCCGCACGUGGCGCAAAAAAAUCCUCGCGUCGUGUCGACGGACAUGGACGAGCAGCCGUUGGACUGCGUUCUGAUGAAGGGCCUGCCGACCGAGGCCACGGACCGCACAAUAGUGACGUUUCUGUCGGACACGGGCGCCGUGCCCGCGCGCAUACAUCUCAUGCUCGACCCCUCCGGCGUGCCCUCCGGCGAUUGUUUCUGCGAGUUCCGCUCCGUGCAGGAGGCGCGUCUCGCCGCCACCAAGCACGGCCAAGACCUGGACGGCUGCCGAGUCACCGUCGACCUCGUCUCGAGGAAGGUCGUCAAGGAGGCGCUCGAGGGCCCCAAGCCGGGCGACGGGCUGAUGCCGACGCCCGUGCAGCAACCCUUCUACGAUCAUCCGCGCGGGGGAUAUGGCCAGCGGCCCUACAGGGGGCGCGGGGGCUUCGACCGAGGCGGGUACGAGCGCGGCGGGUUCCGCGGAGGCUUCGAGCGCGGCGGGUACCGCGGGCGCGCGCACUGGGCGGAGCGCGGCGGCGGGCGGGGCUUCGAGCGCGGCCGCGGGCGAGGCUUCGGUCGCGGUCGAGGCGGUUUCAUGGAGAACGGCGUGCGGGAGCCGCCAGGCGAGCCCGAGGAGUCGGACCCGGCGCUCGAGGGUUUCGGUGCGCCGGGCUGCGUGCUCAGCAUGGAGAACGUGCCCUUCCGCGCCUCCGUCGAGGACAUCCUGGCGUUCUUCGGCGACUUCGAGCUGACGCAGGACGACGUGAUCCGGCGCUACAACGAGCGCGGUCAGCCCACCGGAGACGCGCGCGUCGCCUUCCGCUCGCCGCACGACGCGCAGCGCGCGCUCGCCGCACUGCACCUACACACUAUACACGACCGCCGCAUCUCGCUCACGUUGCUAUAGUGAAGUGUAGAGUGAGAGUGAGAGUGAGUGUGAGAAGUGUCACAUUGGACUUAUUUGACUGCGCAAGUGUAAAUGUACAUUGUGUGAUAACUGCGCUGUUUCAUCGCCGUUUGGUUACCUUUUUUGUGUAGCGGACGAAUUUAUUGAUUAUAAGUUAAUAAUAAGGGAUUAUAUAAAUAUAGGUUGUUAAAUAAAACAA